AUGGAUUCCGCACCUUCGGAACCUAAUGUGUUCACCAAGAACUACAGACGGGUCAAAGUUACCUAUCAAUACUACUUGGACUAUGUCACCCCGUAUAUGAUUCAGAGAUGGAUUGGUACCUACGUGCUCAUCGCCCUCUUGCUCAUAAGAAUUAUGGUGUCGGAAGGUUGGUACAUUGUUUGUUACACUUGGGCAAUAUAUCUAUUGAAUAUGUUUUUGCAGUUCCUAACGCCUAAGUUUGAUCCUUCCUUGGAACAGGAGUACGAGAACGAGUCCAUUGAAGAGGGAACCUCUCGUAUGGAUGAAAACGAUGAAGAGUUCCGUCCUUUCAUUCGCAGAUUGCCUGAAUUCCGUUUCUGGUUCAAGGCUACGCUGGCUACUUUUAUUUCCUUGAUCUGCUGCUUUAUACCGUUCUUUGAUAUUCCUGUCUUCUGGCCUAUUUUGGUGAUGUACUUCAUUGUUUUGUUCGCUCUCACCAUGAGACGUCAAAUCCAACAUAUGAUCAAGUACAAGUAUGUUCCCUUUGAUUUUGGAAAGACCAAAUACUCCAAGAAUAAUGCCUAA